CUCUUAUCCCUCAAAUGAUAGGGAGACGCAUGCUCCUUUCUCUCGCAAUGACAGGGACAAGCUGACGGGAGGAAUUCAUCAGGCUACUUGGAUAGUUCUUCAUUUUUGAAUUUUCUUCUUGAAUUGGCUUUCUCCAUGAGAUCCACCUUCUCUGUGUUCUGCGCGAGAGAAAGUGAUGUGUUUAGGGGGACUGGAGCUUCUCGCAUGGUUCACCACAGCAUCCCUCUUCACACCCGGGAUGCGGCAGGACGAUAGCACUUCAUAGUACUGAUUCAUACACAGUGGCUUCCCUCCCAGGUACUCCACAGUUCAUUCGAGGCAAAACCAACCCUGGACUUGAAUGGAUCACCACAGGCAAACGGUAGUUAAGGCCUCUCUGCAGUCUUUCUCCAACCCCUCCAGGUUUCUGGAAGUCAUCGACGAGUUCCUUCGUGUGCGUCAGCUCUUCCGCCUCCAUGAUGGGCUCCAGGGCUGUGACGUAGCGCUCAAGGGUCUGCUGUAGAGGGGGGACAGGCAGAUUGGGCAACCCCUUCUGGUGGGUCGAGUACCUCCCGGUGAUCCGGGUUGCUGAAACUGGCUUCACCAAGUGGCAGGGUUUGACCAAGCCACAGGGUUUCGCCAUCCCCACCUUUACCUGUGAGACAAAAUAAGACCGAGCAUGUAACAUUUCAGUCAUUAUUCUAAUUUGCCAUGCCGGUUUUGGUGCAUCCACCUCCCUGCCCAAAUCAUACUGAUGCAGAUGUUUCUCUUAAAUACUAAAAGCCAACAUCAAAUGUUUUUCACUGAUACGCACACAAUACUUAAGUGACCUUCACAUCUACAGAAUAAUCAUGUGCAGAGAACACUGAAGCAUUUCUUUGGCUGUCUUCAUCGCUUUUAGAACAUAUUAUCAGUGAUUGGCUUCCAGAGAGCUACUUUGCAAAUUUAGAGUUCAUUGUAAAGCGCAUCUAUAAAGACAAAACCGUUUACGCGAUGAGCGCAGCACAGCGGCUUGUGCGGGUUUUCUCUGGGUACUUUGUUUCCUUCCCUCUUUCCAACAUAUUGUCCACAGGUGUGAAUGGGAGUGUGAACGGGUGCCGCCUGUCUGUACGUGCCACCGAUAGAAAAUCGAUGCACGACUGGAUGAUGCCACAUCACUCACCUUAGACGAUCCAACUAGCAUAAUAAAAAAAGAUCUAACGUGCCUUAUUUCACAUAUAUUUUGAAGUAUGGUCGAUUAUAUAAUGGGGCACCACAUUUAGGCCCAUAUAGUGUCUUUUCUUACAGUUUCCACUUGGGGGAAACGUUAUUUUUGAAGUAUAUACUAUACGGUACAAUUGUCACCUCUAGAUGGCAUGCGGCACUUGUAUUCAAAGAAGAGUGACGACAAAACGUUUCCUAUAAUACGCGUCGACUAGAAGAAAAAGAACGUGUUCGUAUCUCCUAAGAUUAGUUUUCUAUUAAUAUCUGGCUACGCUAGCAAGUUUGACAAUUGUGACCGGAAAAUGAACAGUGAUUAUCCUGGCUGAUAAACAGUGCGAAGUGGGUAACAAGCACAACUGAAGCUUCUGUGGAUGUUAACACAGAUUUAACUCUUCUGUAUUUGGUUCAGUUUGAAAGUUGUUGAUUGUUUGUUUAUAUAUAUAUAUAUAUAUAUAUAUAUAUAUAUAUAUAUAUAUAUAUAUAUAUAUAAUUCGCUUCUCGACACGUUAUGAACGAGAAAAGCCCGGCCUUUCAUCGUUUACAUUUGUGCGCUCGCUAUGCUGGAGUCUAAAAUUGCAACAACAACAAAAACACAAACAAGCAAAUCACCUUUUACCCAGUUAACGUGCGUUUACGGGGUGUUAGGAUUUCCACAUAGUUUCUAGGAUGGACACGCCCCACCGCAACAGGAUUGGCUCCUGCGUCUGGGGAAGGCCAGGCUACGCAGAGGUAACGAGAUAACCAGCCCAAACGUGUCACAUUUGUAUGAAACUGAAACAACUAAGUUAGUUGUGGUUAGGUUUAUGGAAGGGGCUGGAGCUUAAGGUGGUUUAGGAUGGGUUAAGGUUAGGGUUAGGUUGGGUUAGGAUAAGUGACAAACAUUAACGUUGUCACACUUAAAGUCACAAGAUAGACAGUUUUCCCGUCUGGAAGCGGCAGGGCGUGUUCUACAAGGGAUACAACAGCCAGUAAUAUUGGAGGAGGGCGUGUCCUGCCUAGAAGCCCCGUGGGAAUCCUACCCCAAUUGCUGCUAGCCAACGUGCUAACAGCAAGUCUUAACAAACAUUGCUGUAAACUACUACCACCUGGCAAACACUGCAGUCGAACGCCACAUAUUCUGUUGUUUGUACCGCAAACGACAAAAGGCUUAUCACUGCAUGCUAACAAUUGCCUUGUGCCCAUUGCAACAUGUUUAGAGUCAACUGAAUAUCCAUUUCUUACCAUUCUGCUGCAAAUGCCCCACAUUCUGAAGCAUAGAAACGCCCCCCCGACCUAGUAAUGAAAAUCAGGCUCCAAGUCCAGCACAAAGAUUAGAUUCGGUCAAGUAUUGUCUUCGCGUUGCGCCCAACAGAGGACAAACGAGAAACACGCCACACGCGACUAACAGCUGCACGGGUGGAUGCCGAACCAAAUGCAGAAUACGACUAGGACGUCGCAAAUAGCUAUUAUGAUGAUCACUCAACAGAUGACUACAAUAACAAUUCAGGUCCAAAGGUUCCGGAAAUUGCACUUUCUGACUUUCUGAGCAUUUCCUGCGUAUGUUCCAAAAUGUAUACUGAGCCAACAACGAUGGCGGUAGUGAGUCACAUCCAUUGUUUUCCCGUCCUCCGCGAAGAAGACUGACAGCUUCGACAUGGCCGAAUCGGAGCAGCGAUCAGGAGCCCUCCCUGAGGAUGAAGCCCUUGAGGUUACAACAACUUUCACGGUGCCCAAGAAAGAAAUUGCCAUGGUGCCCGACAUGGGCAAGUGGAAGCGGUCUAAGGCUUACGCUGACUACAUGGGAUUCAUCCUGACUCUUAAUGAAAGUGUGAAGGGAAAGAAGCUAACGUGUGUCUAUAAAGUCUCUGAGACAGUGGAGAAGUUACUCGAUCUUUUGGGGACACUGGACCGGUGGAUAAAUGAGACCCCUCCUGUUGACCAGCCAUCUCGCUUUGGUAAUAAAGCCUUCAGAACCUGGUUUGCUCAAUUAGACCAGGAAGCAGAAGCCUUGGUGUCUGCAGUGCUGCCUGCUGACAAACAAGCCGCAGCUCCGGAGAUAGCCGUCUACCUGAAAGAGUCUGUGGGGAACUCCACCAGGAUAGACUAUGGAACAGGUCAUGAAGCUGCUUUUGCUGCAUUCCUCUGCUGUCUCUGUAAGGUUGGAGCUCUUAAAGUGGACGAUCAGAUGGCAAUUGUUUUCAGGGUUUUUAACAAAUAUCUCUCAGUAAUGCGGAAGCUUCAGAGGACAUACAGAAUGGAACCAGCUGGAAGCCAAGGCGUAUGGGGUCUCGAUGACUUCCAGUUUUUACCUUUCAUAUGGGGUAGCUCACAAUUCGUUGGCCUGUCUUCCAUAGAUCACCCAACGCUAGAACCUCGCCACUUUGUUGAUGAGAGGGUGGUAAACGAACAUCAGCAUGACUACAUGUUUCUGGAGUGCAUCAAGUUCAUAAAUGAGAUGAAGACCGGUCCAUUUGCCGAGCACUCCAACCAGCUGUGGAACAUCAGCGCUGUUCCUUCCUGGUCCAAAGUCAACCAGGGUCUGAUUCGAAUGUACAAGGCUGAGAGCAGCCUGCAAGUCUUCCCAAAGAGCUGAGGGGCCAAGCUGUCUGCCUCCCCCUCCCCCUUCUCUUUCUACACUGCCAUUCCCUUCAUUAAAUCCACCCCUCCCUCUCUCCCAACCUUCCUCCAAGCCUGGAGCAACCAUCAGCAGACUCGCAUUCCUCACUCCCUUUUGCUGGCCCCACACAAGGUUUCAGGCAGAGUUCUACUCGGCCUGGGGAAAGCAGGAUCCGGCGCUUAUUCUGUCUGAAAGGGGCUAAUGUUUCCAAAGGCGUGAAAUGACACCUUUGGAUGAAGAUAGUGUCAAGCUUUUGGAGAAAUUUGUGAGCGCUGAUCAUCCCAAAAGGCCCUACCUAGCGUGUGAAGUUGUGCCGCUUUUACCCAGUUGAAUGCAUCUUUGUGGAUCCAGAAAACAAAACAUUCUCGACAGAGUCCAACCGUAAUAAAAGUCAAAAGUUCAUGAUCUUGUCAUGCAGUACAUCAUUGUAAAAAUUGAUUACCAGGAAAACUAUUUGUAUCAGAAUGCUUGAAUUAAAACGCUGUGCGAUCACACUGUCAUCAUCUGGAAUAGAUUUGUGUUUUCUAAUAGAAUAGAAUAGAUGAGAUAAAAUAUUUUGCCCAUUAUAGUCAGUUAAAUACUGUGUUGCGUGUUUUUGUUUGCACAUUAAUGUUUAUGUCCCAUAAACAUUAAUGUUUAUGGGACAAUAAUGUCCCAUAUUUUGUUGUAAUUGGUCUUUUAAAACGUUUUUCCCUUAUGUUUUUGAGAUUGUGGGGUGAAAGCUGCAAGUGGCUGCGAGUGUGGACUGAAUCGGUGGCAACAAUGAGAAAAAGAAAUGCCAGUAUUUUGAGGGUAAUGGCCCGUCGGCAACAUGGGGGGGGACUGGGCUAUGGACAAGUUCAUUUUUUGCAAUGGUGAAAACUUUGAAUUAUGAACUGAACUGAACAUUUUCGGAGCAGCGAACUGAACUUUGAAGUCGUUCGGGUAGAAAAUGAACUUUCCCAACACCGGUUUUGGGUUCGUUUGAUAGCGUACAAAAGAUGAGGCAGAAAACCGCCGUCCGCACGACUGCUGGGGUUCCACAAACAUGCUUAGCAUUCUUCAGACCAGUUGCACAGCACCUAUUUGUUCAUACAGGAACCAAAUAAAAGGAGACUACACGUUACUUAGCAUUACGUGAGGGAGUUGAUUGACCAAAGCGGAGCUAUAUCAAAUAUGUCCAUCUAUUAGCAGGCGUGCUCAUCGAGCAGCAACCGACACAAAGAGGCUGCUCGAUGACGUCGCUUACGGGCGACACACAAACGACUACAACUGCAUUGCCCAAAUGACCGCGACACCAAAGUCAGUAUUCUUUGGUUGAAGCGAAGUUAGGCCAGCUCAUUUGACUUUACUGCUCUGUGUGAGAUCGAUUCAUUGACCAUUUAAGAGCUUUAAGGGGAUUUGUUUUUAUAUUUUGAAGGUUUGAGUUGAAGACGGGUCAUUUGCUUUGCAUCAUUAUUUUGUGCUGCACCACCAAUAUAAAAAGAGUUUGUUUUGUUGGUUUGAACCACUGCUACUGGUAGCCAUAUGAAAAGGUAUCAUGUUGGAAUACCUUUUAACCAAAUUUAAAAAAAAAAAAAAAAAAAAAAAAAAAGAAGAAGAAGAAACUCGAGCCAAUUGGGUUGUGCUCUCAUUUGUUCUCAAUGCAUUGCUGAGGUAUUGGAUCAGAACUCCGUCUCGGCAGUUACUCAAAAGUAAGUGACUUGGACUCCGACUCGGGUGCAAACAAAAGAUAUCGGGAUGUCUUUCGUACCUUUACGUGAUGAUAAGAGUAAAGACUUUUUUUUUUUUCUUCAAAAACAAUUACGUGUACUCGUAUAGUAUGAACGUCACUCCGGUCGUUGGCAAUAUGAUUUCGUAAAGAAACACCAAUCACGUGUUCGACAAGGGCUCAUCCAAAAUGAAGUAUCUCCAAUGGCCGCAGUUGUGGUGUCAUAAAUAUACACUCUACUGGUUUUGUCUGAAAGUGUUGUAAAACUAAGGCCCCGUUCGCACAGUACAAACUGUGUUGUUUCGAUUCAAUGUUCUUUGACAACUAUGAAUGCUAACUUUGAAAAAACAUGUCUCAAAAUGUUUGAAAACACCGCCGUUAUUGUUCCGUCGUGAACACUGAAAGCGACAAAGAUGAAAACUUGAAAAUGGAGGCCAUGCCUAGAACGUCACGUUCAUUCAUGAAGGCUGGAACACAGAGCUGGUCUGUGUGUGCCACUGAAAAAUAAUGAGCUAUGUCGUGCUUCUUUACUGUGACCAGCGGAGACAAAUUCUCUAUACGCCGAGAGUAAAGUAUUGAAAAUGCACUUUUGAAUAAAGGCCUCUAUAUUACUCCCGCCGCUCGCGCGUCCGACAACGCCGCAUUGCAUCGCGUGACCGACGAAUUGCCCCCGCGCAGCACCUCUGCGUAGCUUGCCGCGCACUCGACAUAAAUAGUUGCUGCGUGUCGAACGUCGUGGAAAUCAUCUCUCGCGAUGGGUCCGUUUUAGUCACAGGCUGCGAUGACGCACUCAGCGUGCCCCUUGGUUCGACAUACCGUCUACGCCGCCGCCUUCUCGGUCGAUUUUGCAGCGUAAUUAAAACGUAUCAUCUGGUCGUCUUAGGUCCAUUUGUUCUAGCAGACACUGUUCCACGAUCGCCAUUUUUGUAGCUUUGUUCCUUGGUACCGAAAGGAAAGUAAAAACGGCUACCGGAAAUGGCCCAAAAAAAUGCAGAGGAAACCCCACCCUGUGGCGUCCUAGCCACUACCAGCCGUAGCGACACCCCCGGCUUGGAGGUGAACUGCAGAGCAUUUUCAAAACUGCGCGUGUGGGUUGCGCUCGAGUAUAAAGGCAAACCACGUGCGGGUCCGCCGCAGUGACGUCAGCGCAGCCGCCGUCCGUAUAAAGAAGCCUUAAGACUUGGAGGAUAAGCACUUGGUGCAUGCAUACUUGCUUCAGGCACGGUAUGCAAAUGACAGCGUCUUGUGUUUUGGACAUUGCGUGUAAAUGGAGUGUUUUGAUAAUGGCUGUAAACAGCUGUACGAGGAACUUUUCAAGCAUGCAAAGAAACUAUUUUGAUCAUACUGGGUCGGUCGACGGAACUGAAAACUCUCAAUUAGAGACCGUUUUUCACCCCCGUUUUUAGUCUGUUAUCCCGUGAAAAAAUGGC